CGUAGAGAUUUGUAAAUCUUUAAUCUCUUCUGUGGCAAAUAACAGUUGAGAGGUGUUUCCUGAAGGCUCUGGGGGCUGGCUGUUUGACACUGACAGAAGAUUUACACAUAAACUGACAAGCUGACAUCACAUUCAUCUUCAGCUCUCUUGACACCUACAGUGAAUGGAUGAACUGUUUCUGUUACAUCAAACUGUCUGUCUGCUCUUGCUGAAGGACUAUUGAUAUUCAGUAUAUGAUUGAUACCAGGGUAAAUGGGUGUUUAGAAGCAUUAAAAGGGAAGCGUUUUGAAACUUCUGCUUCUGCUAAUAUUACCUCAUGUGAAAGACCCGUCAAGUUCAGCAACCUAGAAGAUAGGACGGAUCUUCAGGUCUUUUUUUUUUUUUUACCUUGACAGGGCAAAAACAUUUUACCAGGAAAAGAGUGAAAAAACACAGAGUCAGGCAUGAUGAUAAACAACAUCACAAACCACACUGGCAUGCCAGAGGACUUCAGAAUUUCUCUUCUGGUCUUAUACUCAUUCAUCUUACUCGGUGGAACUCUUAAUGUUUUACUAAUGUCCUGUAUGCUACAGCGCCAAAAUCAUCUCUCUUUCACCAAAGUAUCUGUGAUAAACCUCAUAGCAGUGCACACCAUUUUCCUUCUCACGGUGCCCUUUCGCAUUUACUAUUAUGCUUUUGAUGAAAGCUGGAUUCUGGGCUUGUAUUUCUGCAAAAUUGUCAGUGUUAUGAUCCAUGCCCACAUGUAUCUUGCAUUCAUCUUUUAUGUCUUUCUUCUUAUUGCGCGUUAUGUGGAGCACUCUGAUCGGCAGCACAAGCUACAGUUUCAUCGUGUCCUUCACGCCACGAUUGCAAGUACAGCCGUCUGGUUGGUCAUAUUCGGCUCUAUGUUCCCAGCAACUAUGGCUAACUACGGAAAAACGCAGAAUGAUUCCACACAGUGCUUUCAUUUCGGUCAGGCUCUCAAAAGCCCAGCUGUGAAGGUGUUAAACUAUACUAUUUGCGCAGUAGUGAUACUGAUUUGGACUGUGCUGGUAUUUUUCCAAAUUUAUUUUCUGCUAAAGGAAAUUAAGAAACAUGGAAAGGCCACAUGUCAACGUCAAGAGUUCUGGGCACAAUUGAAAAACGUUGUUUUCCUGUCUAUUAUGUUUUUUUGUUUUGUGUCCUAUCAAGGAUUCAGAAUAUAUUAUGUGAUUGAUUAUGGGAAGACUGAAAGAAAUUCUCAUAUAAAUGAAGUAUUUCUUGCUGUCACUGCUUUCAGCUGCUUUGAUAUGAUUGUUUUUGUUGCUAGAGAUAUAUGCAAACGUAAAAAUUCAAGGAGAUGGUUUUGCUGUUUAUAACAACUAUGUUGACUUUAUUUUGUUUCUGUAUUGUUUUUGAUAUAGGGAAUUGAUUUGCAUUUUCUUUUCUUUGUUUUUGAUGCUUUUGUGCCUUAUAAGCUUAAAACAAUUGUCUUGCAAGACAGAAUGUUUGGAAAAUAAACGCAUUUAUUAAAAAAAAAAAAACUCAUAUAUACAUACAUUUUAUGGAUUUCAAUUUUUUCAAAGCUAUGAAUGAUCUGUCAUCUUUUGAAAUGAAAUAGAUAAAUAGACAGGUAUUAUAUUGUGUUUGUGAAGUGAUGUUAAAUUGUGCAGUUUUUGCAGUAAAAGAUUAUUUUAAAAUCCUUUUUUAGUAAAAGUUUAAUUUUGAUUGUUUUUUUUUAUUUUAAUUUUUUAUGACUUAAUUACUUAAUAUCAGUUCCUUCAUGAACAUCAGUCUGGGAAACCCUGACGUAAUGUAAUAUUUAAUGCACUUCAUGUUGUUGAUAAAGAAUGUAUUUUUUUUUAUUUCUCUUUAUAUGUUCUAUACGGUAAAUAUAACAUAUAUGUUAUAUGGGCCAUUUUACAGAAUUGGUGCAGAGUCAGAGUUGGAAACGUCUUGAAAAAAAUGUCUUUUUUCACAAAUUUUUAUGUGUGCAAAUUGUAUGAUAUCCAAGGUACACAUUUCUAGUAAUUGUGCAUUCUCAUAUAGUAUUUUCAGAAAAUUUUUAGAAUAUUUUUUGUUGCUAUACUGAAACACAAUAAUAAAUAAUUUAAUAA